UUGCCUCAUUUCGACACAAACGCUCCACCUGCAUCCCAGAUGGUUGUUCCCGCCGUUCCGGAAAGUGAAGCUAAUAGGAAUCGACAGAAGUCAAGCAGGUACAUCAUCCUUACCGAAAAGCCGAUAGGAAAGGGAUCUUUUGGUCAAGUUACGCGCGCAUAUGAUACGGUUGCCAAAGAAGAUGUGGCGAUAAAAAUCAUAAAGAACAAGAAGACCUUCUUUGAUCAAGCUCAAAUUGAGAUCAAACUAUUAGAGAUGAUGAGAGCUCAUGAUACUGAGCGGAAAUAUAACUUAACGAAGACACUCCUAUUUCUUUCAUCUCCCGAAUUGUCUAUCAUUCACUGCGAUCUCAAACCAGAAAAUGUCCUUCUUUGCAAUCCUAAACGUUCGAAGAUCAAUAUAAUUGAUUUCGGGUCUUCUUGCCAAAUUGGACAUCGCAUAUAUCAGUAUAUCCAGUCAAGGUUGGUUUCAAACAAUGUUUGUUUUUGCCUCUAUAGUAAUUUGAAAGUUGCCUAA